CGCUGACUCGCCGCCUCUCGCCGCACGCGGUCUCGCUGGCAAGUUGCCUUCGCGCCAUCACCGUAUCAGCGCUUCGACGGGCGUAACGCGUGUCGUUAACGAAAGGAACUACCGUUGCACAUGCAUGGACAGCAACUAGCGACGACCACAGACGCAUGAAUAUGUGCGCGACGUCACCGAAUAGUAACAUUGACAUGGUCCAGCAAACUACAUAGUGAUCGGCGCGCAGAGCGGUGUCGGCGAGUGACCGCAGAUCUCAGCGCGACAGCCUCGUAUGAUGGAAAGUACCCCACGACCUUUCCCACAGCCAUUCGUCGGAAGCUGGUCGGAAGCGUAUAUAAAGCGAGUUGCCAUACGACUCGCUAUUCUUCAUCCCCGUUCCCUUCAUUCUCUUCCUCCUUCUCGACCCUCACUUCCUGAUAUGCUGUUUGCCAGUGCCACGGCCGUCGCCCUCCUUGGGGUGGGCGCCGCGGCCUCUGCCGCUCCGGCCAAAGUCCAGUUAAUGUCCAGAAAGGUGGCUAGUGGCCAUAUGACUGCAAUCAGGAAACGCAGUGUCAUGAAGCGCGGCAUGAACCCGUUCAGCAUUCCGCUCAUUGAUCAGUUCAACGGCACGGAUUUACAGUGGUACGGAAAUAUCUCGGUCGGCACGCCACCACAGCAAAUCCCUGUCGUGUUCGAUACGGGUAGCUACACGCUGGAGUUCGCCAGCACCGAGUGCGGGGAGCCGUGCGCGAAUCAAGUCCAAUUCGACGCGUCGGCCAGUUCGACCUUCGUGACCACUGGCGACGUCCAAAAGAUCGCAUUCGAGACGGGAGGUGGCGUGAACCCUAUCACGUCCCCAAACGAAUACGUUCUGUGGCUGAAACCCGGAAAUGAUACUGUGACAGUGAACGGCGUCGCGACGGCUAACGUGGAGCUGAACAUUGUCGUCAACCAGACGGCCGCCUUCGAGCCUGACCCGUACAGCGGGAUCACCGGUCUCGGACCCGUCCCCGAGGGAUUCUUCCUUGGUCUGAUGAACAACGGGCUUCCAGCACUUUUCGGGUUGUAUGUCACUCCCGACUCUGUCGGAAACGCCGAGAUCACGUUCGGUGGCGUUGAUGAGUCGCACAUUCACGGCGAGAUCCAGACAGCGUCGCUGCCAUCGGACAACGAUGAUACAUGGCUGCUGAGUUCGUCUGCGAUUUACAUCAACGAACAGACGACCUCCCUCCUCUCCAGCACGCGCAAUAUCAUCUUCGACAGUGGCACGAGCAACGCCUACUUCGACCCCGAGAUCGCCCAGGCGAUAUACUCGUCCAUCUCGCCCAACAUCCAGCCCUACCCGGCCGAGACGACCGACUACGGCACCGCGUACGGGAUCCCGUGCUCCGAAAUCGACGGCCUCGCGUCUGAGCUCACGCUCACGUUCACGAACACCGCCGGCAAGCCGUUCAACCUGACGAUCCCCAGCAGCGAGCUGAACGUCGGACCGUUCCCUGGCCAGACGGAGACGUGCCAGACGUUCAUCAACUCCAUCCAGGGUCUGAACCUCGUCGGCGGAAGCUUGUUGAAGCAUUACUACGCGAUCUUCAGCGUGCAGAAUCAGACCAUCGGCUUCGCGGACAAUGGUGUCUCUUCGACGGUGGGUAAUAGCACCGCUUGACUCGUUAUUUAAUUUCAGUCGUAUGACACGGACGUAUCGAUAUUACAUUAUGAAAGGCUGUUAAUGCAAGCAGCACUGGUACAUCAAGUUCUCGACGUGCGCUGUCGAACACUGGCGUCUUCGCAGCUAGUGCGUCUCAUCCUAAGCUGUGAAGUCGUCCGACUCUGAUUUUGCAUCGGAUCGUCCAAUUGAUUCCUCCUCAAAGUUUU